AGAUGAAUGGCACUGCGUCAUUGAACAGGAGAUCGUGAUCUCCAUUUUCGACGUUGGAAAAACUUGGAUGGGUAUGAUCUCUAUUACGACCAUAAUCGAUAGAUUUGCUGAUGACUAUACUCAUCGCUUGUACACAUGCAGGAAACGACCUCACCCAGGGGCCGCGAUUUCCAUAGCUCGGGGGUGGCGCGGAACCAUUGCCAAUCACGAUUCUCCCAAUCGUUCAUUACAGACCGAGGUGUGCGUUAAAAUCCCGCAGUAUAAAUGAGAGUACCACUGGGCUGAAGAAAGGAAGGAAUACGCAAAAUCUCGCCGUCUUCCCGGAAGGCUACGGUCGUGGUCUAGAUUGGUCGCUUGCAGAAUCAAACCGCUUCCAUGUCUUGUCGGACGGACGUGUUCAGACUACCUGCAUUUUCUCAGAAGCAGCUUCUGAAUGUCAUGAAAGAGAAAAUAAUGACCGAAACGAACCGCCUAUCGCUCAGUAAUGAGCUAUACUUUCGGGACAUCCUACAAGAUCAGCUAAGCAACGCUUCGUAUAUGCUUCAGUUGACGAGCGACCAGAACAAAAUCCUCCAAAACGGUCGUCGGCCUACUAUCACCAUAUCGACCGAUCAAAGAGGCGUAGCCGAUCACGCCGUGGCUGAAGUGUACAGUCUAUUCCAAAACCUACACUCGCAAGCACAAUCACUUCAUGAGAAGUGCACUCAAAGAAUGACAGUCAUCAGUAAUGAAAGCAUGCUCGCAGAGUCGCAACGCGCCAUCCAGCAGGCGAAGUUGGUCACGAAGCUCACACUCGUCGCCUUUGUGUACCUCCCGUUCACGUUUACGGCUGGUUUCUUUAGUAUGAACUUCAAGGAGCUGGGGACUGGUAUUAUUCCCUUAUGGAUAUUCUUUGCUGCCUCUUUGCCUCUGAUGUUUGUCACCAUGGCGUUCUUUGCAUUGGAUGUGCAAACAGUUAAGAGAGUCUUGUGAGCAUUGCAUGUUACAUAUCGGGACAAAACGUAGUUGGCUUGAAUGCGAUCAAGACAUUAUCGACAUUAGCGUAAAAUAACUUAUAAUUCAUUCCGCUCAAUCGAAAG